CCUUUUCCUUCACUGGCUUCCUGAUCAUUUGAGUAGCUUAGCCUGAAAGGCAGUAAAGAAAAGUGAAGAACAUUAAUAGAAGCUGAAAGACGACAGUUUUAUUUGAGAGGGAGGAAAAAAAAUCUAAGAAAGCUGAAGAGUUUGCAAUUACGUCUUCUCUCUGACUUUCUGAAACAGUGGUGAAGACAGGAAGUGUGAGAAGUUGUUGGAGUUGCUUUAGCUGGAGACAGUGGCAAAGGAGUUACUACGGCUAGCUGGACAUGACAGCAGGAGUCAAGAACACAUGGCUGGAUCUGCCAUAGGAUCUCCAUGCCUGGUUGGCUGUUGUGGGAAAAAUAAGAAGGGGAAGGAGUAUUAGGCAUCCAUACUACCAGCUGCUCUACCUUGUCCUGUCAACAACUGUUACUCCCACUUGCGUUGCCAUGUUGUCAGAGUCACGCUGGAGGGGUCUCCGCCAUACCUUGCUGGUGCUCUUCUCAGCCACCCUUCUCAUUGGCAUAACCAUGCUGGCCAUCUCCUCUGAAAUCAAUCCUGUUGGGGUUUUCUUUCUUGUAGCAGGGGGAUUGUGCUUGGUUGGCUACCUCAUUAGUGUGGCAGCUGAACAAUGCCUGAAGCAUCAGAAUGCAGGAGAAGAGGCCCAGGCAGCCCCACGAAGACAAAAUCACAAUGGAGACAACGCAACCUAUGAAGCACCAACAUAUGAGGAAGUAGUGGCUACUGGCUAUUUGUCAGAUUCAGCGCCCACAAUUUGGACCAUUACAUCUAGUCCUGGAAUAACCCAAGGAGAACCCCCUCCCUAUAGUGUGGUUAUUGAGCCUCCUGCCCAUGGAGAGACUGUGGUGGAGACAUUGAGUGUCUCAGUGGAGCCAGGUGCACGGCGGGCCUCCGAAACAGAUCUGCACUCGAGGUUGCGCCUCCGACUGUUCCUACCCCCAAGACUGAAACGCUUUGUCUCAGAUACUCAUGAACUCAAAGGGAGUGAAGAGCGUCUGGAACGCCUGGAGCCUCUCACUCCACCUCCUGCAUAUGAGAAUGCGACUGGUGAUGAAGUCUUUGAAGGACACUUUCAACCUUCAAAACCUUGACUGAAAGGCUGGAGAUUGAUAAACAGUGCCAGUAUUAACACAUUACUUCUUUCGAGCCCAUUAUCAGCUUGGUAUUGUAGCCUGUGCUACAUCUGAAGCAAAGUUUGUUUGCAAGGGCUUGGCUCUCUUAUAUGAAAAAUGCAUGCAUUGGGAAAAAUUGUAGACAUGCAGCCAUGGUAAGGACUCCUUUGCUUCCUUUGGAGUGGUGAGAGGUAGAAAGGUUCUUAGACAUUUCAUCUGAUAGGGUUAGACAUUUCCAAAGUCAUUCAUAUAUUCUUAGCAUUGAACAGUAGCUUAGGCUGCCGAGGAAGUGGAGAGCAAAAGACAGGUUGGCAUACCUGGAGGAGGCAGAUUGUAGACACAGAUUGUUAAUCAUUCUGCCUAGCUGAUAUAAACAGAAGUCUGGAGAGAGAUAAGAACAGGGCAGGUUAGAGAGGCAGUGAAAUAAAGAUAUUUUUUUUUUAAAGCAGGGAGUUGCUUUUAAUUUUUUUUUACUUAAAUUUCACUGAUAAGCUAGUCUAGGUCCAGGAAGAUUUUAAAAGAUUUUCCUGAAAAAAUUAAAAUCAGCCCAUAAAAUGCAUUACAAUGGUGAUGAUUCAUCUUAAAACUGGUUUCUCUUAUUUUCUGUGUCAUACUUGUCAUGAUAAGAGCAUUUAUAUUAGUCUGUGUUUUCUGCCAGGAGUAGGCGCUUUAUUCAAAUAUUUAUUUCAACAUUCUCCUGAAUGGAAGCUAACCGUAAUAAUGAACAACUUUCUUAAAAUCAAGUAGAGGCAAGUAGGGGUUCUGUAAUGCAGAGGACAGCGCCCAGAGGAUACUACUGAAGUGUCCCCUUUCUCUUAUUUAUUGAAACUGGGCUUGCUUUAUGUGAAUCACGAUAUGUACAUGUGGACUGUGGAGUAUUUCCUAUUAUGAGGAUAAUGAAACUGGUAUGGAUCUCUGUCACAACCUUAGAAUCUCUUAUGAUGAAAAUAAGCUUUUAUAUACAAACAGUUCAUACAAGCUGGUGCAAUAUAGUUUCCAAAGAAUUUAAUUAAACAUUUUCAAAUCCGUCUUUGGUAAAGAGAGCUAGUAAAUCAGAUUUCACUAAUUUUACCUGAAAUAGACACAACAUCAUAAGUGGUGACUACUCCACAUAAGUAUGAAAUAAAAUAAGCCUUGGUGGCAAAUUUAAAAUUCAAAUAAUACUUUAAGUUUUUCUAACAGAAAAGUCUGAAUAAUUUCCAGGUAUGUUCAAAAGAUUCAUAUCUGAAAAUUAUGUAUCAGCUGCUAAAAGCAGUAGUAAUAAGCAAUAAGUGUUACUUUUAUGGCUUCCACAUUGUUAAGGUGCAGAAGGAUGAAUUUUAUCACUAUUGUUUUAAAUAUGCAAAAUUGUAAAACAGAGUAUGCAAAACACAAUUAAUAGCUUGCUAGAUUUUAAAAGUAUAAAUCCAGCGCUGCCAAGGAAUACUCAAACAAAAUAAAACAUUUGAUCACAUAAAAUCUAUGGGCUGGUCUCUUGCAUCCGGAAUAACAAAUAAUGGAAGACGUUACCAUAGUUGAAUAAGUCUUUACUUUUCAAGCAAUGCACUUUUAGGAAUCCCUUGAAACAGACCAGCUACAUGAUUCCUGCGUCUAUUGGGUCAAGGGAUAGUCACGGAAGAAUAGAAUGCUGGAAACGGAAAACAGAACUUUCUAUUAAAAGAUAGUUCUUUCAGACACACUCAUUCCUGAAUAGAGGAAGAGGACUCAGCCCUAAUCUUCCAGUUUGAAUUAAUUCCCGAGUUGACAAUUCAUGAGUUUCACAUGCUCCAUAGCUCCAUGGGUUAUUCUAACUUUUCUUCAUGAGUUAUCUUGGGCAGUUAUCUUCAUGAGUUAUCUUGUGUUGCCAAACACAAAGACUUUCAACAGAAGAGAAUAUCUGUAGUCCAGGGUUGAACAGUGAAGUCCUUGGUACUCUGAGCUUUCUCACUUUUAACAACCUAUUUGGGCACAUUAGCAAAAAGGUGUCCCACCAAGCAGUUUUUAUCAAGUAUUGUGAACAUGACUAAGACUUGAUUUAUGCUGAAGGGAUUUGGGUAUAUGAAAAAUAUAAUAGCAGCAUUGUCCAAAACCUAUUUGCCAUUUAAUAGAAACACAACAAACAGUUCAGCACCAUAUCUAUAGCGUUUCUGAAGUGAGCACAAGGCAGACACUCUAAAGUCUUUCAGACACAGAGGUAUUGUACAUUUUUUUUAAAUCUAUGAUUACUGUGACUUGCAAGCUUCAGUUGCCAUUGCAUUUUUUGCCUUUAGUCCAAUUUUCAAACUGCAAGAAUUUGUACACUGAUUUUCUCUACUGAAAGUCAGUUUUUAUCCCCACCCCCACAACCCAGUAGAAUGCCAGAAACACAUUGUGUAAAUGGCUUGGGUACUGUGAGUGCAAUAACUCUCCAAGAACAAAAUGGCUCCAAAAUUUGCUGUGCUGGGAGAAGCAGAGGGAAAAAAAAAGAGAUAGCAACAAUUAAUGGUGGCUAGGAGGGCCUUCACAUAGCUUCGUAUUGAGUGUCAGUUACAGCCAUUUCUAGAUUGGGAGGCUCUGCUCACGGUCACUCAUGUGUGGUCAUUUCCCAGAUGGGUGUAUUGUAAUGUGCUCUCUAUGGGGGCUGCCCUUGAAAAGUAUCUGGAAGCUUCAGCUGGUGAGAACGCAGUGCUGCAGGCAGCUUUGUAUAUCUCUAGAAUGGUACACAUUACAUCUCUAUUCUCUACUCCACAAGCCGCAUUUGAUGGCAGUCUGCUUCCAGGUAAAGCUGGCUGGGGAAUUCUGGGAGUUGAAGUCCUCCAGGCUUAAAGUUGCCAAGGUUGGAGACCCCUGCUUUAUGACAUGGUAGUGGGUUAUUUGAGGGAACACUUCUUCCCCAUUGCAUUUGCCCAUCCCAUCAGAUCUGGAAGAAGAGAUACGUUGUAGGUUCUGUCUGGUAAAGAGCCCAAUCUGGUGGGAACCUAAAGACAGGCAUUUUCUGUCACAGCAUGCCCCCAGUGGAACAUCAUUACUCCCACCCCCUAUGUCAAGGUCAAGCUGGCUCAAUUCCUGCUAACUUUUUGCAAAUCCUUCAGAACUUGGCUAUGAAUCAGGACUGCAGGCUCUCAAGGGACUGAUGGGUAGUUGAGGUGGUGCCAUUCUGUUAGUAUCUGUUGCUCUCUCCUUGCCUUUUUAAAAAAAUUGUAUUAAUUUUUAAGUGUUGAUCUUUAUUUUUUAAAAAAUAUUGUGCACCAUCAAGAGUCACAUUUUGUGAGAUGGAUUAUUUUAUAAAUGUGAAUGAAUGGAUAAAUUAAAUUUAUAUGG